UAGUCGCGGCUGUCGCUGCAGCCGCCUCCAGAGCCGACCCAGGUCUGGGGACUGGCCCCUCCUGGCGCCGCUCGGUUUCUCCUGUUGCUUUCACUAAGGAUGAGUCCCUGCGCGGCUGUGUGCCCACCCCGCGGAGACUACUGGCGCACUUUCAUCUAGCGACUGGUCACCCUUGCAAUUAUGGAUAUUUAAAAGGAUCAGACAGUGUGGAGGGGGAGUUCCCCUCCUCACUCCCCCUUGGUGCUUAACUCCAGGAAUAAUUAAUAAACUGUGGAAAGUUUUUUUUUUAACAUAAAGAACUUGUAUUUGAUAUAAACUUUAUAGAGCUAUUUAUAAUUUUUUGAUUUAAGUGCCAAAAUAAAUUGUACAAAGAUAUAUAGUUUUAUACUAUUGCCAUGAGGAUUUAAAUUAUAAUCCUAAACAGGCCAUUUAUUCUCUAUAAAUCUUUCUGACUAGCAUCUUUGUGUCCUGGCUUUUUCAUUUUUUAAAAUUAGUCUUAACUGACUAUUCUGAAGAAGUAAACAGUAUAAAAACAAUCAGGAUGAAUUCUUCCAUCCCUGACUGCACAUCCAAGUGUCAAUCUCUGAAGCAUGCAUUGGAUGUCCUUUCUGUGGUAACAAAGGGGAGUGAAAACCAAAUUAAGGCCUUUCUCUCCAGUCAUUGUUACAAUGCUGCAACUAUCAAGGAUGCCUUUGGCAGAAAUGCCCUCCACCUUGUUUCCUCUUGCGGAAAGAAAGGAGUGUUAGAUUGGCUUAUUGAGAAAGGAGUGGAUCUCUUGGUGAAAGACAAGGAGUCAGGAUGGACAGCUUUACACAGAAGCAUUUUUUAUGGACAUAUUGAUUGUGUUUGGUCUCUAUUGAAGCAUGGUGUUAGUCUGUAUAUUCAAGAUAAAGAAGGCUUGUCAGCUUUGGAUCUUGUAAUGAAGGAUAGACCAACUCAUGUAGUAUUCAAAAAUACUGAUCCUACAGAUGUCUACACUUGGGGAGAUAAUACAAAUUUCACCCUGGGUCAUGGAAGCCAGAAUAGCAAACAUCAUCCAGAGUUGGUGGAUCUGUUCUCCAGGAGUGGGGUUUAUAUCAAGCAGGUGGUGCUUUGUAAAUUUCACUCAGUGUUUCUGUCUCAGAAAGGGCAGGUUUAUACCUGUGGUCAUGGUCUUGGAGGACGCUUAGGCCAUGGAGAUGAACAGACAUGCUUGGUCCCUAGGCUUGUGGAAGGACUGAGUGGCCAUAAUUGUUCCCAGGUAGCAGCUGCUAAGGAUCAUACUGUUGUAUUAACUGAAGAUGGGUGUGUUUACACAUUUGGUCUAAAUAUUUUUCACCAAUUGGGAAUUAUUCCUCCACCUUCCAGUUGUAAUGUACCCAGACAGAUGCAGGCAAAAUAUCUGAAAGGAAGGACAAUCAUUGGCGUAGCAGCAGGCAGGUUUCACACAGUGUUAUGGACUAGAGAAGCUGUCUACACUAUGGGACUAAAUGGUGGACAACUGGGUUAUUUACUAGAUCCCAACGGAGAAAAGUGUGUAACUGCUCCUCGUCAAGUCUCUGCCCUUCAUCAUAAGGACAUCACUCUGUCUUUGGUUGCUGCAAGUGAUGGGGCCACAGUCUGUGUUACCACAAGGGGAGAUAUUUACUUAUUUGCAGACUAUCAGUGCAAGAAGAUGGCUUCUAAACAGCUAAACUUGAAAAAGGUUCUUGUGUCUGGGGGGCGUAUGGAAUACAAGGUUGAUCCUGAACAUUUGAAGGAAAAUGGGGGUCAAAAUAUUUGCAUUCUUGCAAUGGAUGGAGCUGGAAGGGUAUUUUGCUGGAGAUCAGUCAGCAGUUCUCUGAAGCAGUGUCGAUGGGCCUAUCCACGCCAAGUCUUCAUUUCUGAUAUUGCUUUAAAUAGAAAUGAAAUUUUAUUUGUCUCACAGGAUGGAGAAGGGUUUAGAGGGAAAUGGUUUGAAGAGAAAAGAAAGAGUUCUGAAAAGAAAGCAGAGAUUUUAUCAAACCUUCAUAAUUCCUCAUCAGAUGUGUCUUGUGUCUCUGAUACAAAUAGUGUGUAUGAAAGAAUUCGACUUGAGAAGCUUACUUUUGCCCAUAGAGCUGUUAGUGUCAGCACAGAUCCAAGUGGAUGUAACUUUGCAAUCCUGCAGUCAGAUCCUAAAACAAGCCUUUACGAAAUCCCAACUGUAUCCUCCUCAUCCUUUUUUGAAGAGUUUGGCAAAUUGUUGAGGGAAACAGAUGAAAUGGACAGUAUUCAUGAUGUGACAUUUCAAGUUGGCAGUAGAAUCUUCCCUGCACAUAAAUAUAUUUUGGCAGUGCGUUCUGACUUUUUUCAGAAAUUAUUUCUUUCAGAUGGUACUACUUUAGACUUUACAGAUGUUUACCGGAAAGAUGAAGAUUCUGCAGGAUGCCAUCUCUUUGUAGUAGAGAAGGUUCAUCCUGACUUGUUUGAAUACCUUUUACAAUAUAUAUACACAGAUACUUGUGACUUUUUAACUCAUGGGUUCAAACCAAGAAUAAACUUAAACAAAAAACCAGAAGAAUAUCAGGGCACUCCGAAUUCUCAUUUGAAUAAAAUGAAUUGCCAUGAAGAUAAUCAGAAGUCAGCAUUUGAAGUUUACAAAAGUAAUCAAGCUCAUACAAUUAGUGAAAAGCAGAAAAGCAAACCCAAAUCUUCCAAAAAAGGAAAAAGUGUUGGGGAAGAUGAUCCUGUAAAAAUGUUGCAAAAUGUUGCAAAGAAAUUUGGUUUCAGUAAUUUGAGUAGUAGGUUAGAUGGAGUCAGAUUUGAAAAUGAAAAAAUUAAUAUUAUUGAUAAGAAAUCUGGUAAUAAACCAAAGCUAAAUCAGAAAAAAUGCUCAUUUCUGUGUGAUGUGACUAUGAAAUCAGUGGAUGGAAAGGAAUUUCCUUGUCAUAAAUGUGUUCUUUGUGCUAGACUUGAAUAUUUUCGUAGUAUGCUGAGUAGCUCAUGGAUUGAGGCUUCCAGUUGUGCAGCCCUGGAAAUGCCAAUACAUUCUGACAUACUGAAAGUUAUUUUGGACUACCUCUAUACUGAUGAAGCUGUGGUGAUAAAAGAAUCUCAAAAUGUGGAUUUUGUUUGUAGUGUUCUUGUGGUGGCUGAUCAACUUCUCAUAACUCGACUGAAAGAGAUUUGUGAAGUAGCAUUAACUGAAAAACUUACCCUUAAGAAUGCUGCUACGCUACUGGAAUUUGCAGCAGUGUAUAAUGCUGAACAAUUGAAACUGUCUUGUUUACAGUUUAUAGGACUGAAUAUGGCAGCUUUACUUGAAGCAAGGUCUCUUGAUGUUUUAAGUGAUGGUGUUUUGAAGGAUCUUUCUGUGUUUUACCGAAAAAUGAUACCAGCAAUGGAUAGAAGAGUCAUUACACCAUAUCAAGAUGGACCAGAUAUUAGCUAUUUGGAAGUGGAAGAUGGCGAUAUCUUUCUGAAAGAAGAAGUAAAUGUGGAUCAAAAUUAUUCGGAAAAUAUGUUGAAGAAGGCAAAAACAAAAGCAAAGAGGAAGCCACGUAAGCGUUCAGAUAGUUCUGGAGGUUAUAAUCUUUCAGAUAUUAUUCAGAGUCCACCAUCUACAGGAUUAUUAAAGUCUGGUAAGACCACUUCUGUGGAAUCUCUUCCAGAACUAUUAACAUCAGACUCUGAAGGAAGCUAUGCAGGAGUGGGUAGUCCUAGAGAUUUACAGUCCCCUGAUUUCACAACAGGAUUUCAUUCAGAUAAGAUUGAGGGGAAAGUUAAACCAUGUGCUAAUGGUACUCCUACGGCAUAUUUUAGGGAAGAUUUGAAACCAUGGGAAAAAUCACCAAUACUUAAAAUAUCUGCUCCACAGCCCAUUCCCAGUAACAGAAUAGAUAAUACAAGCUCUUCUAGUUGGGUUGCUGGUUAUUUCAGUCCUGUCAGCCCUCCUGUCAUGGAUCUCAGAACCAUCAUGCAAAUUGAAGAAAGUAGACAGAAAUGUGGAGCUACGCCAAAGACGAAUUUGGGCAAAAUGAUUUCUCAUGGAGUUAAACUUUCUCAGAAGCAACGAAAAAUGAUUGCAAUGACUACCAAAGAAAGUAAUUCAGGAAUGAAUAGCGUGGAAACAGUUUUAACCACUCCUUCAAAAACCCCAAAACCAGCAAAUGCAUGGGCAUCUGCUCUACAUUCAGUUUCAUCCAAGUCAUUCCGGGAUUUCUCAGUAGAAGAAAAAAAAUCUAUUAUUGGCCAUAGUUCAGGAGAUCAUGUCAAAAAAGUUUGUUUUAAAGGAACUGAAAAUUCCCAGACUCCAAAAGUUGUAAGAUGCUCCACUCAUGGUACCCCAGGACCAGAAGGCAACCAUAUUUCAGAUGUACCACUUCUGGACAAUCCCAAUCCCUGGCUGUCUUCUUCAUUGACUGCUCCUUCCCUGGUAGCCCCAGUCACUUUCGCAUCUAUUGUAGAGGAAGAACUACAACAGGAAGCAGCUCUUAUCAGAAGCCGGGAAAAACCCUUGGCUUUGAUUCAGGAGGGUCGCAUGCUAUUUCCAAGACAGAGACAUCCUAUGAGAAACAGAUUUUAUUAGAGUCUGAAAUGACAGGAAUGGUUUAAAUUUAGCGCUGGGGAGAGAAUGCUGCCUCUAGGUAACGUACAUCUAAAAUGAUUCCAAAUGUUUAAUCUGAUGCCAGCUGUGCAGCCUUCUGGAGAAAUCAUUUCACAUCAUACACUUCAGAGCAUUUAGUGCAUAUGUAUCCCUCGGUCACAAAUACCCUUAACUGAAAACAAGCAGCCCCUGCAGUGCUACCCCCUGAAAGGAGCUGCUCCCUCCCCCGGCCCGUCCAGUCACAUUUCCAGCACCAGCACUUCAUCCCACGAGCUCAGUGAUGAGCUCGGUGUGAUGCAGACCAAUAAACUCUGCCCGUUGGGACUGAGUUUCCCUGGGUACACUAGCCGUUCACUCCUGCUUAUUUUCCUUGGGACCUGGUGAAUCGUCUUUUGUACUGUCAUACAUUGUGUGACUCAUUUCAGGCUGUUUUCUGCCCAGUCUCAGCCGAGUGGCUCCUUUCUGGAGGGUCCCUUUCCUGCGCUGGUAAAUGUCACGAAUCACAGCACAGCACUUCAUAGGAACUCCACGCUGGCUUCACGGGAGGCUAGUGCAGUUACACAGGAAGAGCAGAACAAGGAAAUUGCCUUCCUGAGGUGAGGGUGCCCAGGCCCCCCGAGGCUUACUUUAAGACCAUAUUUUGCAUAUUGCUCUGUGUGAUGACAGUGUUGGACUUGGUAAUGUUGCUCCCUUUGCUUUUGUCGACAGGAGGCCUGUGUGUCAAAUGCAGAAUGUGAAAUCAACAUCUGCUUAAAGAAGUUUUCAGAGCAGACGUGGCUGGUGGUCGCUCCCAUUUUCCAGUGGCCCCCUUCUGCUCCCUUCUUCCAUUGUUAUUUUCUCCGUGAACAAGUUUUAUUUCUCCUUGCAUGCCCUUUCUAAUUUAUGACAAGACAGUUUUUCCAGAGUAAGCAUUGCUAGUUUAAUCAGAAAAAUAAGUUUGUCCAGUAUACCUAUAAUUGAUAACCUUCAUAUUCUCUGGAGAUUUGAGAACAUUUUGGUGCCUCUCUUAAUAUUAAAGCAGCUAAUAAUAAUCAUUGCUCCCACUGAAGGGCCAAGAAGAAGACACAGAGACGUCUGGUGUCUGGUUCAGGUGCUCAGGGCAGGCUGGGCCGCCUUCACACGUUGGCCGCGACUCCUGAUGGCCAGGGCUGCUGUGGCCCUCGGGCAGAUGUUGAAUCUGCUCAGCAGAACAAAGGAAAUCUUUUCCCAAUUGUUUUAUUUAAUUGCUUUCAUUUUUUUUCAGGGCACAUUUUAGGUUUAUACAAGCGUAAAACUCAGCUUUUGCUGGAUUAGGAAAUGGAUUGUAAAAUAUUUUGCUGGGACACGAAAUACCUCACCCCGAGAUGAGCUCAGGAUCUUGGUCAAGGCUCAGAUGCCUCGAAAGUUUAGGUUAGGAAGAAAAUGUGACAGGAAACAGUUGCAUCUCCAUGCUAGAUAGUUACCUAGCGAGCAAAAGAGAUCCUAUGUAAUAGACGCCGCAG